AUGGCGAGCAUUGAUCGCUACCGGCCGCCUCGCGAAGGCUACCAGCCGCCCAGUCUCCCGAGCGGUUCCCGCAACGAACAGGCGUCGCGAUCCCCUCCUCGACGCCGCAAUGUGCCCCCUGCGGCGCCCACGCCUCCUCAACACAGCACGCGAACGUCCCCCCCGCGACCGAAUACCCUCUCCAGCCAACGGUCCCCCUCGCAAUCCGGCAGGCAGACGCCCAUGGCCCCGUUGAAUCAAUGGUUCUUCACCUCGGACGAGGUGCACAGCACUCCGAGCAUCGUCGACGGCAUUCCCCCGUCCGAGGAGAGGCUGCGAAGAGCAAAGGGCAUCAACUUCAUCUACCAGGCCGGUGUCAUGCUGGACCUGCCGCAGAUCACACUCUGGGUGGCCGGCGUUUUCUUCCACAGAUUCUACAUGCGCUUCGGCAUGGUGCAGGAAAGAGGUGGCAUUCAUCAUUAUAACAUUGCCGCCACCGCGCUGUUCCUCGCGAACAAGGUCGAGGAGAAUUGCAGGAAAACCAAAGAUAUCAUUAUUGCGGUCGCAAAGGUGGCCCAGAAGAAUGCAAAACUCGUGAUUGACGAGCAGAGCAAAGAAUACUGGCGAUGGCGGGAUAGCAUCCUCACCUAUGAGGAAAUUAUGCUGGAACAACUGACCUUUGACCUCAUGGUUGACAACCCGUACCGUCACCUGUUUGAGCUCCUCGGACAGCUGGAAAUUGUUCACAACAAGCACUUGAGACAGGCAGCUUGGGCUUUUUGUAACGACGCCUGCCUGACGGCGCUGCCGCUCCUCAUCGAGGCGAGAGACGUGGCCAUUAGCGCUAUUUUCUUUGCCAGCGUCCACACCAGUCAACAGAUUGACGACAUUGGCGGGGAUCCGUGGUGGAAGUAUCUGAACGGGGACGAGGACCGCUGCGCCAGGGCCAUCGAGGUCAUGCGACAGUUCUACACGGAGAACCCGCUUAGGAAGCAGAACCCGUCGCUCCCGUCGCCCGCGUUUGACCUGGAGAAUACGCGGCGGCGAGCGGACACGCUGUUGAGCCAAGCAGAUACGCUCUCGUCCACCGGCGGAACCCCGAUGGACGUCGAGCGAGCCAGCCGCAGCCCAAUAGCGAGAACAAACGGCGUCACCGACAGGGGAGCCGAGAGGGAUCGGAAUCAUGAGACAGCAUGUCAACCUGGGGCAGACGGGGCCGACAGUGGUCCAAGGUCCCCACCCAAGAGAAAAGACUUCGAUGCUGACUCUAGCGCUGUUCAGGGAAGAGCGGAGAAGCGAGCGAGACUCUCGGAAGAUGAGGGUGAGCUGGUGGAAGGUUGA